UAUGACACAACAGCUAAAUAAAACUGUACUCAGAGGCAAGGCGUUUUUGAAAUCAAAUGGGAACCUUACAAAUGUCGAACGAUUGUAGCACUCUGUGAGCCACCUGUCAUCCUGCUGUCAACUUUGCACAACGAAAAGAAUGCGCUUGUUGCAACACGAAGCACAAUCGUUCGGUGAAUCGGUGUAUUAUUGCUGUUUAUUUCACUCAGCUAAGUGUACCUGUGCAGUGAUAAAAUAAAAAUGUUUUCCUUGCUAAGGCUGGCGAAUAGAGUACGCGUGUGCAGCCCUAUCCAGCAGCGUGUGCUCGGACGCACCAAGGUAACGGAUACGGCCAAGUUUAGAACCGCUCUGGCAAAUCUGCCUUCGACGCAAGUGACGCAACUGGACAAUGGAUUGCGUGUUGCCAGUGAAGAUUCCGGUGCGGAGACAGCGACGGUUGGUGUGUGGAUCAAUGCCGGUUCGCGUUGCGAGAACAGCAGCAACAAUGGUGUGGCUCACUUUCUAGAACACAUGGCGUUCAAGGGCACGGCGAAGCGCUCCCAGGCCAAUCUCGAGCUGGAGGUGGAAAAUUUGGGCGCCCACCUAAAUGCGUACACAUCCCGCGAGCAAACCGUGUUCUAUGCCAAAUGCCUGUCGAAGGAUGUCGCAAAAGUGGUUGAGAUUUUGUCGGACAUAGUGCAGAAUCCGACGCUUGGCGAGGAAGAGAUUGUGCGCGAACGGGACGUCAUCCUGCGGGAGAUGCAAGAGAUCGAGAGCAACCUGAAGGAGGUUGUGUUUGACCAUCUGCAUGCAACCGCGUUCCAGGGUACUGCGCUCGGUAAGUCCAUCCUUGGCCCGUCCAAGAACGUCCAGUCGAUCGGUAAGACGGAGCUGAAGCACUACAUCGACACGCAGUACAAAGCACCGCGUAUUGUGUUGGCUGCAGCAGGAGGUGUAGACCAUAAAGAGUUGGUACAGCUGGCGAAGCAAAACUUCGGCCAGAUGAACUCCAUCGUGGAUGCAAAGAAGGAUGCGCUGGAUGCGUGUCGUUUUACCGGAUCAGAAGUGCGUGUGCGGGAUGAUUCAUUGCCGCUAGCCCAUGUUGCAAUCGCAGUCGAGGGUUGCGGCUGGUCCGACGAGGACCAUGUGCCGCUGAUGGUGGCCACCUCCUUCAUCGGGGCUUGGGAUCGUGCGCAGAGUGGUAGCGUGAACCACGCAUCCAAGCUGGCUGUUGCUUCGGCUGUGGAUGGGAUGUGUCACAGCUUCCAGUCGUUCAACGUUUGCUACCGAGACACUGGCCUGUGGGGAGUAUAUUUCGUGUGCGAUCCGCUCACCUGCGAAGACAUGCUGUUCAAUGUGCAGAACGAAUGGAUGCGGCUGUGCACAAUUGUAACGGAGGGAGAGAUCGAGCGGGCAAAGAACUUGCUGAAGACGAACAUGUUGCUGCACUUGGAUGGAACUACGACGAUCUGCGAAGAUAUUGGGCGUCAGAUGCUUUGCUACAACCGCCGUAUCCCAGUGCACGAGAUGGAACAGCGGAUCGAUAGCGUUACUGCCGCCAAAGUGCGUGAGGUGGCAAUGAAGUAUAUUUUUGACCGUUGCCCAGCCGUCGCCGCCGUUGGUCCGGUGGAGAAUUUGCCCGAUUACAUGCGCAUCCGCUCGUCCAUGCACUGGACGCGGCUGUAAAACGGUGGCGAGAAAUUGGGCUCAAGCAUGCUAGACCUCAAAAUUGAAAACUGUUAUAAAAUAAUAAUUACCAUUUGUCGUGAUAAAUGAGGGUUGAUUUUGAGGUUUAUAAGAACGAAACAUUUCAUGAAUAAAGUAUUCCCGGAGAAUAAUGA